AUGCAGAAGAGGUUGGCAAAGUGUCCUUUCACUUUCGAAUACAGUCUGGCCACUCUGGUGUCAUUGGAUUACGGGCAUCACGUCGGGGUACCCUACAGGGUGACGGGACUCGGUAUCCGAUUCCACCUGACUGCAGUUGUCGACUUCCUCGCCAGCAUAUGCUUACACGUCUGGAAGCAAGCUUCUCCCAUCAUAUGCAACGGCUUUGAGAAGGCCAACGGCGAGCCUUAUAAAGUUCCGGCCCCCGAUGGCCGCUGCGUCUUCGUUGCAUCGCCCAAGUACAUCAAGGAGAUGAACUCUGCACCCGAUACGUUGCUCCCGCUUCAGGCCGCGGCCAAGCAUAUGCUCCAACCCAUAUACACCAUACAUACCUUCAACUAG